AUGAAAAUGUCAUUUCAAAUGCCGAACCAACGACAGGAACAGCAGAGGAAUAAGAUAUUAGAAGACCUCCAGAAGAAACAACAGCUUCUGAAACAGCAGUCGAUUAGCGGACAGUCAUCGUCGGCGCCGCAGAUGACACCAAACACGACAUCCCUGACGCCGACCACCGGCGCCACCACUGCCACCGACACGGCCUCCACGUCCUCCACGUCCUCCGGGUCCAUGACAUCGACUCAGAGGGCGGCUCUUAAUCACGCAAACAAUAACUCUUUUGGCUUUUUUAUACCACAAGACUCUUCGUUCGGGAAUCUUAUUCUUCCGGUUUUGCCACGAUUUUAA